UCAAUGCGGAACAUUGACGCACUGUGACUUACAAAAAGCAAAGGUCGCUCUUAUCGCAUCGACUCAAAUGCGCUACUUCAGCCGCGAAAUAACAUUAUUGAGAGAAUCAAAUCCCAUUGAUCGAAAAAGUUCACUCUUAGUUCUAAAUCCUUUCCUAGACACGAAAGGUCUUCUUAGAGCGAAUGGUCGGCUUGCAAACUCAAGCCUAACAUACAAUGAACGCCACCCGAUAAUCAUACCAGACAGGUCUCCAUUUACCACACUCUUUCUUCAUUAUAUCCACAUUCUGAUGCUACACGCCGAACAUCGCCUCAUGCAACAGAUAGUCCGUCAAGAGUACUAUAUUCCCCGUCUUAAGCCAAAAAUAAAGAAAUGCAUCUUCAUGUGCAAGAUCUGCACUAUGCAUAAGCAGAAAAUGCGAACACAGAUUAUGGCAGCAAUUCCACCGGAACGCUGCAAUUUCGCUCUGCCCUUCACUAUCACAGGUGUCGAUUUUGCAGGGCCUUUUCAGAUAAAGGCGUCCAUGCUAAGAUCUCCCACCCUCAUGAAAGGCUAUGUGGCUGUUUUUGUCUGUUUUACGACAAAAGCAGUACACCUUGAGCUAUGCACGAAUCUGACGACAGAGGCUUUUCUCGCGGCAUUUGCUCGCUUUGUCGGACGUCGUGGUUUUCCCUCCAAAAUCAUGAGCGAUAAUGGCAAAACGUUUAUAGGGGCUCAAAGAGCCACUGAAAGACAAUUUGUGGAAUUUAUACAACAAGUCUCACCUGAAAUUGUACAGAAAUAUGCUCCCCAAGGCAUCAAUUGGCAAUUCAUUCCCCCAAGCGCUCCACACAUGGGAGGUUUAUGGGAAUCCGCUGUAAAAAGCUUUAAAUCCCACUUCAAAAAAAUAGCUGGCAACCAUAAAUUCAACUAUGAAGAAUUUGCAACAUUACUAACUAAAAUUGAAGCCGUUCUCAAUUCACGGCCUCUUACUGCACUCUCGCAAGAUCCCUCCGAUCUCACAGCCUUAACUCCAGGGCAUUUUCUUAAAGGAGCACCCAUCUUGGCCACACCUGAGCCAAGCGUGGCGUCGCUAUCCUUAAUAAAUAGAUGGGAAAGAAUUAAAAUUCUCCAUCACAAUUUUAGCCGUCGAUGGAAAGAAGAUUAUAUAAAGGACCUCCACAAGAGCUACCGCUGGAAAACAGCACAACAGACGCCAAAGCUUAGAGACUGUGUCCUCAUUCAUGAUGAAUGUCUACCCCCUACGGAAUGGCGACUAGGUCGCAUAAAGAAACUUUAUUACGGCUCCGACGGUCAUAUACGCCAAUAUGGACGUGGAUAUGAUAUCCCCACCAACGAAAACCGUGCGUUCGACGGUCACCAUUCCACGAUCUGGGACUACCCCAAUCGCAACGCCUCGAACUACCAUUGCAGCAACCGCGGCCCGAACCCGGGCACAAACCACACCAAUGAUCCAUCGAAGUGA